AUGAUUGCUCCAGAGAAGAAGUUUUUUGAUUUAACAAGGGUCACGGGACAUAUUCCUGAAAAGGAUGUUGAGACAAUAUUCGACAAGCUCAAACCAGUCUCACCGUCGUUCAUGAUUGGUGAGUGGACUGGUGGAGACUUUGACACCGGCCAUAUUGGCCAUAAAUACCUUGAAGAUAUGCGCUGGGCUGGCAAGGCAUUUCGGUCUAUUGAUGAUGGUGACCCUAUCCUUAUUUAUAAUGACAAGGGUCAUCGGGUGUGGAACAAGGACUGGGGUCACGCCUCUCUACGGGAAAUGAUAUUUCGCGAUGUGACCUCAACAUCAAUGAUUUAUGACGAAAAGCCAAUUUUUGACCAUUUUCGUUUUAUAACAGACGACAUGGUUGCUGGAGCAAUGGAAUCACCUAAAAUGUUUGGUACGGAAAGUACGUAUUAUUUUUAUUUAACUCGCUUGAAAUAA